AUGUCUCCCGCCCUCGGCGCGCCGACCGCGCAGCGGCGGCAGACCACCCUCCGGUUCGAGGGGCGCCUGGGGCUGAGCGGGCUGCCUCCGCCAGAGUUUGGCUCGCCCACCGGCGGGCUGUCACCCUGCCACGGGUCGCAAGCCCUCUGCCGGCCGGAGCGCAGGCUGCGCAGGCUUCCAGCAAUUGGUCCCUUGGCAAGCGCGAAUCGGAAGGUGAAGAACAUCCAGGCUCGGACUGGACACCAACGCGGUAUGGGUGGACGCUGGACAGAUGAUGACGGCACGCAGAGCACGAGCGACACACAGACACAAAAACAGGCUCACUAG